ACGUAAGGUCUGAGGAUUUCGUAGAUAAAGAAAGAAACUGUAGUAACCGCUUCAGCCUGCAACUGUAAGCACAGGCACAGCACUUCAGUUACUACUGUUGAGAGCUGAAAGUGCAAAACUAAUGGCUACCCAUAUCAAAUUCAAACCUUUGCUUCCACUUUCUCAUUUGUCAAACCAAACCACUUGCCCUUUAACUUCAUGGGUUUCCUGCAUGCCCAUUUCCGAUCCCAUGGCUUCUCUUCCAAUUUCUCGUGCUGGGUAUCAGCGAGGAAAUGUUGCAGUCUCGGUUGCUUUCAACCCCCAAGGGAACUUUGACAUAUCUUUAUUUGACGACGAUGAUGCCUCUAAAGUUGCACCUCCUAUGCCCCCAACUGAAGGGCGAUUUGAUGUUGUUAUUGACAAUGAUGUUAUUUCUCGUCUUGACUUGUCCCCUUUUCAAGCUGCAACAGGCAUGAAAUCCCCUUUAUCUGUAAAACCAAAAGAAUUUCUUGAGCGUACAAUUGGCUUUACCAUCAACUACACUAAAGAAGAUCCUCAGGAUCCUCGAGAAUUAUCAGAGUUUCCUGAUAUUAGGCUAUGGUUUGUGAGACUUGAUGCUACUUAUCCAUGGUUACCAGUUUUGUUGGACUGGAGAGCUGGAGAGCUGGCUCGAUAUGCUGCUAUGUUGGUUCCACAUCAGAUGAAUAUGAGAAUGGGAGUUGUUUUCAAUCCAGAGGCGUUGGAAUUGUUUGCUGUGAAGAAAACUAUUAUUGUGUAUUCCUGGUUGAAGCAUCACAACAUUCCCAAGCCUAAAAUAAAGGUAAGUGAUAUGGCCAGAAUGCUUGGAUUUGGAAUUGGUGAUGAGCUAUAUGACUUAAUUGAGAACCAUCCAGUUGAUCUAUCAUAAAAAGGGCACCUAAAGAGUACUCAGAUUCACAUCCCAGAAUACGAGACCCUAAGCAUAAGAAUUUUUUUCUUGUUUCUGUUGAUCAUAUAUAUGAUGAAGUGUACCAGCACACAUUAAGAGCAACUAGACUUGCAAAGGAGCAAUGAGAUUAGCAGAGCAUAAGAGAGUCAUUAAAAUUAAAAAUAAAAAUAAAAAUUGAGCUAAGAGUGUAGUUUUUGAAACUUAAGUAACAUCACGAUAAGGGUUUGCUCAUUGCAUGAUUCCCAAAAGUUUCAUAUUCAGUGUUCACAAUUACCUGUUAGUGCAAAUUUAUUCUAUUCAAAGUACCUUUUCGGUA